AGUCUAUUUCGAAAAGAAAGGUACAUAUUUUGAUUAAUAAUUCUAGGUUAAGUUUCCAGAUUAAAAAUUCAAGAGUUUGUUUAUUGAACAGGGAAAAGUAAACAGCUGUGUCGGUAAACUGUGUGUAAAUUUAUUUUUAUCAUAUCUACUGUUGAGCCUUAAUCAGACUAAGUGCUUUAUUUGAAAAUUAGAUAACAUGUGAAAAUCCAAAUAAUUGAAUUAACACCAAAAGUGGAGAUAAAACAGAUUCAACGUCGAUGCAAAUAGGUUGAUUACAUUUCAAUCAUUUUCAUUCAAUAUCCUGAUUAAAGAAAGACACACUAUGACUGGUAAUGAAAGGAAGAAUGUAUGUCCAUUGUUGAAAAAUCCUGAACAUUAUAAUCCUGAUACAGUCGAUCUUGUUACUAAUGCCGAAGAAAGAAAUUACUGGUUACCAUGUUUGGAACAAAUGGUGAAAAAAUUUGUCGGCAAAGCCCAACCUUUGAACCCGGAUGAUCCGAAAGCUACAGAAAAGGCGGAAAUAUGCUUCAAACAGUUCCAUAGCCUGAUCGAACAAGUUACUGAGGAUCCUUCAAUAAUGAAGCCUCUCAGCAUCCGAACGCUUCUAAACUUCAAUGAGGACAAUCUGCGAGCUAACAAAUUGGAAGAUGCUUGGUUGUUACAGAAAAAAACUGAGAGUUACCAGGCUUUGAAGGAGUUAAAAAAUAGGAUUGAUCACAUUGACUCGUUGGAUGAUUUUUAUGAAAAAUGGCUGGAAAUUAUACAAGGAGUCCUUGCUGGAAAUGUUUUUGAUUGGCCUGAACGAAUUUUUUUUUUUAAAUGGGUUGAUCAUUUCCAGAAAAAACCUUACAAAACUUGUGUUAUAUUCGUGGACAAUUCUGGCGUAGACUUUAUAUUGGGAAUACUACCUCUAACCAGGGAACUCCUUUCUCACGGCACGAAAGUUGUCCUAACAGCAAAUACCUAUCCCGCUUUGAAUGACGUAACUUUUCAAGAGCUGAACCUGUAUUGUUGCCAGGCAGCGGAACACUGUGAAAUACUGAAGGAUUCAAUAAAGAAUGGCCAGUUAAUUACGAUGGAGAACGGACAGAAGGGUCCUUGUUUGGAUCUCAGGGAUUUAUCAGAAGGGUUAUGCGAUGUGAUGAAAUCUGCUGAUUUGGUUAUCAUCGAAGGCAUGGGACGUGCAGUGCAUACAAACUUAUACGCUAAACUAACUGUGGACUGUUUUAAAUUAGCUGUGUUGAAAAAUGAGUGGUUGGCCCGAAGUUUGGGCGCACGGCAGUUUUCAGUGAUUUGUGAUUUUGAACCUGCAAGUUGAAUAAUUUUCCGUACCUGAUAUUAAAUAAUACUUUAAUUACA